AUUAAUUGUUUGCAAACAAAGCCUAAAAGGGAGAACUGUUGAGCCCAAGUAACAGAAUAUUUUACUAGCCUAUAUCUCCUAAUCAUCUAGAGUAAUUCCACUAUUACCACUGUAUCUACCUCCAUGAGACUUGUACUCAGUGUACUCGGUCUCACUUCGACUCAACCUGAAACCCUUGUUCUCUCAUGUUUGUCUUCACAAUUCCAACUUUGCUUUAACACUCGAAUGUAUCUCAUCGAUCAAUACAAUAUCGUCGGCAAACAUUAUACUCAACGGUAUAGCGUCUUGAAUUGAUUUUGUAAGUUCAUUCAUGACUAUGACAAAUAAGAAAAGGAUCAGAGUCGAUUCUUGGUGCACUCUGAAUCUCUGAUUAUCAAAGGGGACUCUAUAGUCCUCCAUACACUAUUAUGGAUGCUUGUAGUACAUUCCACAUACAUACCAUGAUGAUAAUGAUGAUGAUCGAAAGCUGUGAUCAUUCUUACAAUCUUACUCAUUCAGAACUUUCAAUUCGGCCGUAUUCCUGAUCAAUUGAUCAUUAUAUACGGAGUAUAAGGAUAAUGUAGGCUAGAUGGAGACGGGGCGACUCCCUUGAGCUACGAAGUAUGGCUAGAGAAGCAAGGGACGAUGAGAGUAAUGUGGAGGAAGUCUUGCUAGUAAUGCCAAUUCAAGUCUCGUGCCUUGAACUAAGUCAGCAACAAUCAAUCAAGGACAAUUCUCAAUUGGAUUUUGAUGCGGUUUCAGAUGAAGGGUCUUUGGGAUAUGACUCAGAUCAAAAGCGACCAGAACCGGCUUUGGUCCCUAAGAAGAUAGGCAACUGCCUAGGGCACCACUUUGACAAGGGCAUCGUUUUUUUUUUUAAACUAGCUAUAGUACUACUUCGUAUUACUUACCGUGUACGUACAUUAUGUAUUAGUUAAAUUGAAAAUGUAUUACUCCCUCCGUCUCAUUUUAUCCAUCCUAUUUUCCUUUUUGUGUUGUCCCAAAAUAAAUGUCUCAUUUCCUUUUCUUCAAAGAAAUAUGUGGUCU